AUGGCCCAAAACAAAUUUAAUGAUCUAGCUGGUAAAUUUGGAAAGGGAGGUCUUCCUGGUCUUGGCAUUGGAUUAAAAUUGUUAGCUGUUGGUGGUGCCGCUGCCUAUGGAAUUUUUCAAUCAAUAUACACAGUUGAGGGAGGUCACAAAGCAAUUAUGUUCAACAGAAUAGGUGGUGUCCAAAAAGAAAUAUAUACUGAAGGUUUGCAUUUCAGAAUUCCAUGGUUCCAGUAUCCUAUCAUUUAUGAUAUUAGAUCAAGACUAAGAAAAAUCUCUUCCCCCACAGGAUCUAAAGAUCUUCAAAUGGUAAAUAUUUCCCUUCGUGUUUUGUCUCGACCCUUAGCUUCUUCUUUGCCAGUAAUUUACAGACAACUGGGUUUAGAUUAUGAUGAAAAAGUCCUUCCAUCAAUUUGUAAUGAAGUCUUAAAGUCUGUAGUGGCCAAAUUCAAUGCUGCUCAGUUGAUCACCCAAAGACAACAGGUUUCCUUAUUGGUUAGAAGAGAAUUAGUAGAAAGAGCUCAAGACUUCAACAUCAUUCUUGAUGAUGUAUCCAUCACAGAUUUAUCAUUUACAGCGGCUGUAGAAUCCAAGUAG